AUGGUGUUGGAGUUGGCGAGCGCUGCUGUUGGAUUCGGCGAGGUGCAUAUCGAACAUAAGAGGGCUACACUCAUCGGGUCAGUACACCCUUUCCCCGGCGUCAGGCGAGGGCAUAGCCUUGCUGUUGGAUUCGGCGAGGUGCAUAUCGAACAUAAGAGGGCUACACUCAUCGGGUCAGUACACCCUUUCCCCGGCGUCAGGCGAGGGCAUAGCCUUGCUGUUGGAUUCGGCGAGGUGCAUAUCGAACAUAAGAGGGCUACACUCAUCGGGUCAGUACACCCUUUCCCCGGCGUCAGGCGAGGGCAUAGCCUUGCUGUUGGAUUCGGCGAGGUGCAUAUUGAACAUAAGAGGGCUACACUCAUCGCGUUAGUACACCCUUCCCCCGACGUCAGGCGAUGGUUCGGCCACUUCUGGGAUUCGGCGAGAGGCCAACUUUGUGUAACCAGGACAAACCUACUCAUACAUAUCGUGUGA